AGGGCAACCCAACCAAGAAGUAGGUUAGCCGAGGGCAGGAUAGAGAUAAUUGCGAGCGAUGUCGGCUGCGAGUGCGAGUGCCACUGCCUCCCUCUCCGCGGCGGCGGCGGUGGCGGUGGCGGCGGCCGCUCUCCGCCCCACGCAGCAGCGACGCCUGCGCGUUGUCGCGCCACCGCGCCCCCUCAGGCUCACCAGUCUCAACCCCCCUCGCGCGGCUUCCGCCCCCUCUACUCCUCUGUGGGAGGCCGGCGUCCGAGCUGAGUCGUCCGACUCGCCCGGAGCCGGAGCCGGGGGUGACGUCAUGGGCCUCCUCCUCCGGGAGCGCAUCGUCUUCCUCGGCAACGAGAUAGAGGACUUCCUCGCCGACGCAGUCGUCAGCCAGCUCCUCCUCCUCGACGCCGUCGACCCCAACUCUGACAUCCGCCUCUUCGUCAACUCCCCUGGGGGAUCACUCAGCGCAACAAUGGCCAUCUAUGAUGUAAUGCAGCUCGUGAGGGCAGAUGUUUCCACUAUUGGAUUGGGCAUAGCUGGUUCCACUGCUUCUAUAAUCCUUGGUGGUGGCACAAAGGGCAAGCGAUUCGCCAUGCCCAACACCAGGAUAAUGAUCCAUCAGCCCGUUGGAGGCGCAAGUGGGCAGGCCUUGGAUGUCGAGGUCCAGGCCAAGGAGAUAUUGACUAACAAGAGGAAUGUCAUCCGGCUUAUAUCAGGUUUCACAGGACGCACUCCGGAGCAGGUUGAGAAAGACAUUGAUAGAGACAGAUAUAUGGGUCCUCUUGAGGCUGUUGAUUACGGGCUCAUCGACAGUGUAAUCGACGGAGACAGUAUCAUCCCACUUGAGCCUGUCCCGGAGAGGGUGAAGCCGAAAUACAACUACGAGGAACUGUACAAGGAUCCACAGAAGUUCCUUACACCUGAUGUCCCAGAUGAUGAGAUAUACUAGGUAAUGAGCCUGCCUGCCUGUCGUUUGCAUUUCGCACGGCAAGGGGGCUGCUUGCAAUCAAAGACGAUGCUCCUAGUCCUAGCACUAGUUGAUUUUUCCUGUCACAUGUUAACCAACUAGUGCCAUAUUACGAUUGUUGAGCACGCAGUUAGACUUAUUGGUUGUGUUUGUCGUUGAAAUUGCAUGCGUUUGGUGUGCGAAUGUGGAUGGAUUGAUGAGGUGGUUUGUGUA